AUGCAUCAGUUCCUCGAGCAUUUGAAACUUCAAGACCAGGAAAUCAAGAAGAGUCCUUCUAUUCACAAUAAAACUUUCUCAGAAAUCAUUGAAAAUGAACCAGAAUCCAUUACAGAUGAACAGAGACGUUUACGGGUAUGGUCUUCUGACUACGAUCCAGUAACUAGGUCGCCUUUUGCCAAAGACGUUUCCCAUUUACAGUCACUUUUAGAGGUUCUUUUGACUAGCAAAAACUUCGACAGAGCUCGCAAGAUCUUGGAGGCCAUUCAUCCUCUUUUAUCAGAGCCUCAUACCUUCAUCUUCUCUGUGAACAAAUACUUGCAGACAUGGUCCCAUGACCCCUCUGUUCAUUACGGAGAUCUUGAGCAAUUUUUCUCCACAAUGGAGCAGAGAUACGGAAUAACAGCCAAUGAGCGGACUUUUGCGAUUAUUCUCGCCAAAUACAUUUCGGAAGAUGGACCUUACAUCCUGUACUUGAACCGUUUCUCUCAAUCCAAAAAGACUCAAAUAUUGUCUUAUAUCGAUGUCAUCGGAGUUGAAGGUCUCAUGAAAGUUUUUUCCGAUAAUAGCAUCAGCAUUGAAGAUGUCCCCGAGGAUUUGGUGAACCUCUUCAGAGAAGUCAGAAACGAAUUGAACGACAAGGAAACGUUAAUAUCAGAACCAGAAUACUUCAACGACGAUAAUACAGAAGUACCAACCGUCGAUAAGGAUGCUGAAUCGUUACGUGCUGUGGACUCGUUUGGGUUGAAAGUGAUUAGACAUACCCUUUUGGGAUUAAGAGAAGAAGCAGACUCCAAAGAGAUAGUCUCUAUCAUCAAGCAAAUGGAGGACGGUUUGGGUAACCAAUCAUGGUCAGACGAUGAAGCAUCCAAGUUAGACUUUUUCAAAGUAUACAAAACGUUAAAGACUGAAGAACAACGUGAGAAAUUUAAUAGUGGAUUGCAUUCGUUCAAUCUUACCAGGCAAAGAAGAUUGGAGGUCAGAGGUGCCGAUGGGGCUAAGGAAAAAUGGAAGCAUGAAUUUGAAGAAAUGCAAAAAAGAGGAGCAUUGCCUUUGAACAAAGGAUUGAACGCUCAAUUAUUCCAAUGGUACAAGAACUUAUUGCCAUAUGUCAAAAAAGAAGCAGAAAUGUGUCAAAAGCUAAUGGAUGGCAAAGUCUCCAAAACGGAUCUUUCGCCGGACGAAAAGAAAUUGUACAAGGACAGAGAAUACUACGCCCCAUACAUGGUGCUUGUCCCUCCCGAGAAGAUGUGUGUGAUCACUAUUCUUGAGUUGUUGAAAUUGAACUCCACUGGUGGUAUUGUAGAUGGUAUGAGAGCUGCCAGGGCUCUUAUAUCUGUAGGUAAAGCUGUUGAACUUGAAUACAAGUCACAAUCGUUGUUGAAGUCUGAAAUCAAGGCUUUUUCAAAGAAGGUUAAGUCGACAAACCAGUGGAAGAGAAUCUUGUCCAACAAGAAAAACAACAUAAUAGAAAAUCCAGACGACUCUACCGACUGGAGUUAUACAGUAUAUGCGAAGUUGGGAGCAGUUUUGACCAAUUUGCUUUUGUUCGUGGCAAAAGUUCCAGUCAAAGCCCAUAAUCCAACCACAGGCAAGACCAUCACUGGAAGUCAGCCAGCUUUCUUCCAUACAUAUCAAUUCUUAAACGGCCAAAAGCUCGGGGUUAUCAAACUUCAUAAGGAGAUAAUCAAGCAAUUGGCAGGAAGAUCAUUAUCUAAUGCCGUCCAGCCACAAUUAUUGCCUAUGCUUGUUGCACCAAGAGAAUGGCACAGUUACAACGACGGUGGAUAUCUUUACUCUAGAUCGACUUUGGUGAGAAUUAAGGACUCGGCUGAAACCACUGCAUACUUGAGAAAGGCUGCUGAUUUGGGUAAUUUGAAUGAAGUUUAUGAUGGAUUGAAUGUUCUUGGAAAGACACCAUGGACUGUCAAUCGUCGUGUCUUUGAAAUUAUCACUAGGUACUGGAACUCUGGAGAGGAAUUCUUGGACAUUCCACCUAUUAUGGAAGAACCAAACUUGCCUGAGCCAUUACCUGUCGAUGCUGAGCCUGCUCAAAAGUUUGAGUAUCAAAGAAAGCUCAGAAGCGCCUUGAAUGAAGCAGCAUCACUUAGAUCUCAGAGGUGUGACACCAACUAUAAGUUGGAAAUCGCGAGAGGUUUCUUGGGCGAAAAGGUAUUCUUCCCUCACAACGUCGACUUCAGAGGCAGAGCAUAUCCAAUCUCACCACAUUUCAACCACUUGGGUAACGAUCUUACCAGAUCCUUGUUCUUGUUCUGGGAAGGCAGAGAACUUGGUGAAAGAGGUUUGGAAUGGUUGAAAAUUCAUUUGGCUAACGUGUAUGGUGUAGACAAGGCACCAUUAAACGAAAGAGUUCAGUUUGUCAAUGACAAUUUGGAAAAUGUCUUUGAAUCGGCAAGAAACCCAUACGAUACAGAUGCCUGGUGGAAGAAGGCAGAGAAGCCAUGGCAGGCAUUGGGUGUCUGUUUUGAAUUGGAAGAAGCCUACAAAUUGGAGAAUCCAACUCAAUAUGUUUCGCACAUUCCAAUCCAUCAGGAUGGUACUUGUAAUGGUUUGCAACACUAUGCCGCUUUGGGAGGUGAUAUUGAAGGUGCAAGGCAAGUUAAUUUACUUCCUGCCGACAGACCUCAGGAUGUGUACAAGUACGUUGCCUCGUUGGUUCAAAAGAGAAUCGACGCUGAAGCUGAAGAAGGGAACAAGUAUGCCGUUUUCUUACAGGACAAGAUCACACGUAAAGUGGUCAAGCAAACCGUCAUGACUAAUGUCUAUGGUGUCACCUUCGUUGGUGCUACUGCCCAAAUCAAGAAACAGAUAGACCAAUACUUCAGCGGUGAGGAAGACGUUGCUGACUAUGCAAGAUACUUAACGAUGCACGUUUUCAACUCCAUUAGAGAAUUGUUUGAAGGUGCGCAUUUGAUUCAAGAUUGGUUGGGUGAUGCUGCCAAGAGAGUCAGUAAGUCUGUACGUAUUGACUACGAGGAUGCCAAGUCCAAUGAUGGUAAACCAAACCAUUUGUCUUCUGUCAUAUGGACCACACCUCUUGGAUUGCCAUGUGUCCAACCUUACAGAAUAUCCAAAAAUCAAUUGAUCAAGACCAAUUUGCAAGAUAUUUCCAUUUCUGACCCAUUUAGUGCAUCGCAAGUUGAUGCUAGAAAGCAGCAAGCAGCAUUCCCACCUAAUUUUGUCCAUUCGUUGGAUGCCACUCACAUGCUAAUGACAGCAAAGGCUUGUGGGGAUGCCAGAUUGUCGUUUGCUUCGGUUCAUGACUCAUACUGGACUCAUGCUGCCGAUGUGGACCAUAUGAACAAGGAAAUCAGAAACCAGUUUGUGAAGUUGCACAGUAGUAAUUUGGUUCAGGAGCUCAAGGAAGAGUUCGAAAAGCGUUAUAAAAACUGUCUUCAGGUGAUAAGCAUUUCUGGAGAGCAUCCAUUGGCCAAGGAGAUAAAGGAAGUUAGAAGAAAUAACGUCAAGAUUUUGGGCAGAGCUAUGACUGCAGCUGACGAAAUCUACUUGGAAAAGACCAGAUUAGAGCAUUUGAACUCCGAAGAUCCAGAGAAGGUCAAGAUUGGUAAGGAAAUGGUCACUACAGUAAGUGUUACAGAAAAAUACGAUUUAAAUUCCAUUGUGGGAACCACCAAGAACUUCCAGAUCUUGGUUCCAUUGACAUUCCCAGACAUUCCAGCCAAGGGUGAGCUUGACGUUGAGGUAGUCAAGGAAUCACCAUAUUUCUUUUCAUGA